AUGACCGCUUUUGAUCCUUUUAAUCCUCUAAUAGGAAUUGUGCCACGUUUGACAGAAGAGCAAUUAGAAAUGAUAAAUACUUGGUUUGAUACAAUUGCGAAACCGUUACUAGUUAUUGAAGAAGAACCUGUUAAAGCUGUAUCUAUUGAAAGAUUUAUAAAAUUUCUGGAACUAAAAAAAUUCCACAAAAGAAGUUUUCAAUAUCCUAGUUAUUUUGAAAUCAUGGUGAAAGCAGAACAGUUGAAAGCCGGAACAACACGGCUGCUAAUGAAAGACCAAAUUAUUUAUAUGUUAGACUCCUGGAUCAUUGAACCAGAGAUAAAGCAUGAACUACAACUUGCGUUUAAGGUUUUUGAUACGGAAAAUAGAAAUUAUUUAGAAAGCGAUGACAUUAAUGCCAUAGUAACUGGAUUUGAGGAUGCGUUUGACGAAGCCGAAACUAUAGAAGUUUUGAGAGAUGCUGAUAUUAACGGUGACGGGAGAAUUAUCUACGAGGACUUUAUUGAAAGCAUCUUUAGUGUUUGCCCUGAACUAUAUGAAGAAAAGGCAGAAUAUUUGUACGAUGAUCCUGAUGAAGAUCCCUCAGUAGAAAAAGAGCCGGAACCUGAACCUGAACCGGAGCCUGUUCCACCACCACCACAACCAAAAGUCAGAGUUUACAAAAAAACUGAUAUUUUGCGCCUGAGGGAAGAGGUCCGGGAGAUGUUUCAACAUGCAUACGAUAGUUAUUUAAGAUAUGCAUACCCGUAUGACGAGUUACGUCCACUGAGUUGUGACGGUGUAGAUACAUGGGGAAGUUACUCCCUCACGCUUAUAGAUGCCCUUGACACUCUUGCUAUUAUGGGCAAUUACACAGAGUUUAACCGUGUCGUUGACAUAGUGUUGCAGAAAAAGAACUUUGAUGCAGACAUCAAUGUUUCUGUAUUUGAAACUAAUAUUAGGAUAAUAGGAGGACUUUUAAGUGCCCACCUUUUAUCACAUAAAACUGGAACAAAAUUAGAACCAGGAUGGCCAUGUAAUGGCCCCCUCUUACGUUUAGCUGAGGACGUAGCUCAAAGGUUAAUAGCAGCAUUUGAUACAACUACAGGCAUGCCAUAUGGAACAAUCAAUCUGAGAGCUGGUGUGCCACCAGGAGAAACCAGUGUUACUUGUACUGCAGGAGUGGGCACUUUUAUUAUAGAAUUUGGUACAUUAAGUCGGCUUACUGGAGAUCCAAUAUAUGAAGAGGUAGCUUACAAUGCUUUGAAAGCCUUAUACCAUCAUAAAUCUCCGAUUGGCCUGGUUGGUAAUCAUGUUGAUGUUAUGACUGGCCGUUGGACAGCGCAGGACGCUGGUAUUGGUGGUGGCGUUGAUUCUUAUUACGAAUAUUUAGUUAAAGGUGCAAUCUUAUUUGAGAAGCCGGAACUGAUGUCAAUGUUCAUUGAAGCUAGACAAGCCAUAGAGAAAUACUUGAAGAAGGAUGACUGGUUCGUUUGGGCCACUAUGCUACGUGGUCACGUAACUCUUCCUGUGUUUCAGUCUCUUGAAUCUUAUUGGCCCGGGGUACUCAGUCUUAUUGGCGAAAGCGACACAGCUAUGCGUAUAAUACACAACUACCACAGUGUAUGGCGACAAUAUGGAUUCACGCCUGAAGUGUAUAACCUCGGGACGGGUGAGGCGUCAUCUUCCAGGGAAAGCUAUCCAUUGCGACCGGAACUCAUCGAGUCCAUUAUGUACUUGUACCGAGAUACCCGUGACCCUAUACUUCUCCAAAUGGGUGAAGACAUUUUAAGGAGUAUUCAGCAUAGUGCUAGGACACCAUGCGGUUAUGCUACUAUAAAAGAUGUCCGCGACCAUCGCCAAGAAGACCGUAUGGAAUCAUUUUUCCUCGCCGAGACUACGAAGUAUCUAUAUCUGCUAUUUGACCCGGACAAUUUUAUUCAUAAUCCGGGCGUACACGGGACUGUCAUCAACACGCCCAAUGGUGAAUGUAUUGUUGAUCUCGGCGGAUACGUGUUCAAUACAGAGGCGCACCCCAUAGAUCCUUCUAUGUUGUACUGCUGCCAUGAAGCUAAACAUGGAAUAAAUAUAAGCGAAGUACAUAGAAUAUAUCAGAUACUUGAAGAAGAAGACAACAUAAAGUUCAUGACUAUGAUAGAAGCAUCUAAAGAAAAAGUUAUUAACGAUACUACUGCAAUUAUUGAACAAAAAGAAGCCGUCAAUAUUUCUGAGCCAGACUUUAAAAAUGAAAUCUCGGAAAAACUGGAUCAAAAUCAAGUUUUGAUUAAGACUGAGACCAGAACUGGAUAUGUGAAUAUUGACGGCACAGAGAGAGAGAAAACAAAGAAUGAAUCGUUAGUCGACAUUGUAAAAGAGCGAAUUAAUAGUUACUAUAACAAUACUAACUCUUUAGAACAAAAAGAAGAUUCAACUACCUCUUUGGAAGAAAAUACGUCGUCAACUGAAUAUGAGAACAAAUUUGACGUAGAUGAUAUUAUAGUACCGCAACACUCGCAAGAUAUUGAACCAUUGCAGACACCGAGUGGGAACAGAGCAAGAGAAGUUUUCAAAAUGUUACCAAAGGUUAUACAAGACUUCUUAAAUAGUGAUUGGAAGUCGAGAGAGAAAUGUGAACCUCAACACUUGCUCGAACGAAUACGCAAGGAGAAGAGAUAUCCAGAUCAUUCAGAUACAAAAAGGUACGAGCUACUGUUGACGCCAGCGCCAUCUUUCUUGCAAAGAAUAUCAUUAGCCGGCGAGUUUUUAAAUAAAAAACAAUUAGAAAUGUGA